UACCCCAAAACAGACAAAAUGGUGCUGGUUACAGGGUGGGGCAAUACAAUGGUGGACGGGGUUAAAAAUCCAAUUGAUUUACAAGCUGCUGAAUUGCAUGUAAUGGACCGGAAAAGUUGUCAGGGUCAAUGGGGCCCCAAAGCGAUCGACGCUAGUAAUAUUUGCGCCGUUAGCAGCGAUAAAAGUGGCUGUAAUGGUGACUCUGGCGGUCCAUUAACUAUAAAUGGCAAAUUAGUGGGUGUGGUUUCGUUCGGUGUCCGGUUUUGUCAACCUGGAUCAAUGCCAAAUUCAUUUGCAUAUGUGCCCGGUGUAAAACGUUGGAUAAAUCAAACAAUUAAAAAUAAUUAAUGUUGUUAGUAUGUGG